AUGCUAACAUUGGAAUGGGAUAAUAUGGGAAUGAAAAUCGAUGGUCAGCAGUUACAUCAUCUUCGCUUUGCUGAUGACAUCGUCCUUAUAACACCAAACAUUAGCCAAGCGCUCACAAAAACGAUGUUCAUGAGGGACGAAUUGGUUUCGUGCGCCCCGUUCACGCUCAACGGAACGAAUAUCUCCGAAUGUUCCAGUUAUAUCUAUCUAGGUCGGGAAAUCAACAUGUUGAGCGACUUAACUCCAUAG